UUACCUACUUAUAUAUAUGUCUUCCUCAUCUCCUAAUUCCUCUUGUCUCAACUUAUUGGAAUCUGCUGAUCAUAAAAUUAACACCAUGGAUCCUUCUGAACAUCUUUGCUAUGUCCGUUGCAGUUUUUGUAACACUAUACUCGCGGUGGGGAUACCAUGCAAGAAGUUGUUGGAUACUGUGACAGUGAAAUGUGGGCAUUGUGGUAAUCUUUCCUUUUUAAGUAGUAGACCUCCAAUUCAACCACAAUUUUUUGAUCACCAACCCAUUCUUCAGCAUCAAGAUUUCUUCAACAAUUUCAAGAAGGGACAGUCUUCAUCUUCAAGUGAACCCUCAUCUCCAAAGGCACCUUUUGUUGUAAAACCUCCUGAGAAGAAGCACAGGCUACCAUCUGCUUACAAUCGGUUUAUGAAGGAUGAGAUACAGCGUAUUAAAGCAGCACAUCCAGAGAUACCACAUAGAGAAGCUUUCAGUGCAGCAGCUAAAAAUUGGGCUAGGUACAUUCCAAAUACUCCAAAUGGGACCUUGGCUGAGAAGUGAGAACUACAACAAUGUUAAUUUAGCGUUGGAGGAGUGAAGCAAAAUUUGGAAUUUAUGGAAUGAUUCUACUUGUAUUGGAAGAAAAUUAAUAUUUAUGGUUGACUUUAAUUUGGAGACCUUUUUAAUUAUAUAUCAUGGAUGAUUAGUCUCUAAUGUUUGCUAUUUUCAACUUUUGUACUGAAAAAUUUAUCCCUAUAAUAUAUUUGGUUUCUAGUUUUUAUUUUA